UGCAAAAUACAUGAAAAUGUUUCAAAAUUUUUUGUCGAUAAUUUUAUGUUUGAUUAUAUUGGUACAAAAGUCUAAAAGUAAAAAAAACAAUGUGUGUAAGACUAUGAUUGACUAUAUGGUUAUAAAUUACAAUAAAAACUGCUGGCACAAUCCAGACGUGGGAAGCUCUGCGCGAGACAUAAUAACAAGGCGAGGUUACCCAUUAGAAACGUAUUACAUUCAAACUGAAGAUGGCUAUAUAAAUGGUAUGUAUCGAGUUCCACACAAUAACACACACAAAAAAAUGGAAGAAAGACAGCCAAUAUUGUUACAUCCUGGUCUCAGUGGUAGUCCGAAUACUUUUUUAUACAUAGGAAACCGAUCUAUAGUAUUUUUUCUUGUAAAUAAUGGCUACGAUGUUUGGCUCCCACACCGUAGAGGGUCAGCGUAUGGCAAAGGCCAUAUCAAGUAUAAAAGAAGUGAUCCUGCAUUUUGGGACUACAGUUAUCACGAGUGUGGUUAUUACGAUAUAAAGGCCGAAAUUGAUUUUAUUAGGACCAAAAAUCCUCGAAAAGUGAUUCUUUUCGGUUAUUCUAUGGGAACGACCGAGACUUAUGUUUAUGCAAUUUUGCGAAAAGAACACGCAAAAAAGCACAUAAGUGGUAUUGUUUCAGCCGGUGUUACAGCCUACUUAGAACAUCCAAAUAGGUUUUAUGUACAGAUAUCACUUGCUGCACCUUAUAUGGGGAAUUCUUUAAGAUUUCGUAAAAUCCAUGGACUUUAUGAUAGUUGGGAAACUAAUAAAAGAGAAGAAGAGAUGACAUUUGCAAAGAUAGUAGGAGCAAAGAAGUCUUUAAUGGCCUUGUUUGGUUACAAUCCUGACCAAGUUGAUCCUGCUGAUUUACCGGUUUACAUAGCAGAUCACCCAACAUCUACUUCGAUUAAAUGUUUUAUCCAUUUUGCUCAAAAUAUAAAUUCUAAGAAAUUUCAGUUGUAUGACUAUGGGUUGCUCAAAAACGUGUUCCUAUACAAUUCAACAUUGCCGCCGUUGUAUAAUGUGUCAGACAUUGAUGUUCCGAUGUAUCUUUUCUAUGGAGAGUCUGAUACACUGAAUCCCAAAGAAGAUAUUUUUAAAUUUUAUAAUGAUUUGAAAGUAAGAAAGAAAGGUUUAAUACAUAUUUCGGAAGACAAGAGAGUGAAAUUUAACCACGCAGACUUUGUUUUGGGCAAAGACGCCGAUAAAGUGUUUUAUGGUGUGCUGCUUAAGAUACUUAGAGAGAACUUGAAAGGGUGAAAUUUUUUUGAAGGUCUAACUUCUCGAUUCUUUGUUUAAUAAAAAAUUAAAUAAGUUUGGCGGUAAAAAAAGUAAAGAACAGGCAUUAUUAAUUUA